UAAAGUAUUGUUUGUUUUUCCCCAGGAUAUGAACCUGCGACUGGCCUUCGCCAUAAUAUCGUCAGCAUGCUGGUCAGCCUUCCAGCACGGUUACAACACUGGAGUCAUGAACGCCCCGCAAGCUAUAAUGUCAAAAUGGCUACAAGAUGACGCUCUAACGGGCACGAAUUCGACUCUCUACAAUGCGACUGACGAUCCAAAAGUGACCACGGUCUGGUCCAUAGCUGUCUCCAUCUACUGUGUGGGUGGCAUGAUCGGGGGCUUGCUGACAGGAUUUGUUGCUGACAGAUUUGGAAGAAAACGCGGGUUGCUUCUGAACAAUAUAUUCGUGUUUAUUGGGGCCGCGUUGGAAGGAAGCGCGAAGGCUGCCAACUCAGCCGAGAUGCUGAUCGUUGGAAGGUUGGUGAUCGGCGUAAACAACGGAUUGAACGCCGGUCUGGCGCCGAUGUACUUGGCGGAGAUAUCGCCAGUGUCGCUUCGAGGAUCGAUAGGAACGGUCUACCAGCUAGUCAUCACGAUGACAAUCCUUCUCUCGCAAGUCCUGGGGUUGACAUCAGUCCUCGGCACCGAGACUGGUUGGCCAUGGCUGCUUGCUGUCACUGUCAUCCCAGCUGUCAUCCAGUGCGCAACGCUACCCAGGUGCCCGGAGUCGCCUAAGUACCUUCUGCUGAAUAAAGGACAGGAAUUGCACGCUCAGAGAGCUCUGAACUGGCUCCGAGGCGAUGUAGCGGUUCACGGUGAAAUGGAAGAAAUGCACCAGGAAGCCGAAAAGAACAAAAUAAGCAAGAAAGCGACUGUCAGAGAACUCUUCAGUAACAGACAACUCAGACAGCCUCUUCUCAUAGCAAUGGUGGUGAUGGUAGCUCAACAGCUGUCAGGCAUCAACGCUGUUAUAUUCUUCUCCACAGACAUCUUUAGGAAGGUUAAAUUGGAUAAGGCGCAGUCGCAGUACGCUACCUUGGGAAUGGGCGCCAUGAAUGUCGUGAUGACAGUGAUCAGUCUGUUCCUGGUGGAAGUAGCUGGCAGGAAGACUCUGCUGCUGACCGGUUUCAGUGGGAUGUUUGUAACCACCAUACUGUUGUGUGUCUCCAAUAUGUAUACUCAUCUAGUGUGGGUGUCGUACGCGUGUAUAGUUCUGGUCAUCCUUUUCGUGGUCAUGUUCGCCGUCGGUCCUGGCUCCAUUCCAUGGUUCCUUGUGACUGAGUUGUUCAACCAAUCCGCGAGGCCUACUGCGUCAUCUGUGGCGGUGACCGUCAACUGGGCCGCGAACUUCAUCGUCGGUCUCAGUUUUCUACCAAUAUCGUUGGCGCUCGGUUCAUACACUUUCAUAAUAUUCGCAGUGCUGCAACUAUUGUUCAUCAUUUUCAUAUUUUUCAAAGUGCCCGAAACGAAAAACAAGACUGUUGAAGAAAUAACUGCCAUGUUUAGACAACAAAUGUAGAAAUUAUAAAGUUUUUAAACAAUUUUGUACUUAAAUAUUGACAUCGUAAUUUGAUAAGGCAAUUUAAAAACUUGUCACAACAACGUGCUUCCUAAUUUUUAGUUUAAGUGGUCCAAUUUAUUCAUCUAUCUCUCUUAUGCCAGCAUUUAGUAAGAAGUUGAAACUAGAUUUUUAAAGUUGUGAAGUUGACGAAUUUAUAAAUAUUCUAAUUUUCGACAAUAAUAUGUACGUUAUGUACACAACCAAUUUAUAUAAACUUUUGUAGCAGUUUCGCUAUGGGAUUUAUUUAUUAUUUUUUUGUCAAAAUGUAGUAUUAAAACAUAUUUGACUCAAAUUUUAAUGAAAGUGUAGUAUAGAUCACUUACACCGAAUGUUUGAAUACCGAACACACAAAUAAGGGAGUAUACGCAAGACUUCAGCGCGACAAGCGUACACAGUUUCAAAUAUUUGCUAUUUGCUUGUAUUGAUCGCCUCAACUGUUGCCGCGAGAGCUAUCCUAUAGCGUUAAUAAUGUUAAUACUCUAUGGAACAAUCUCAGUGAAAACUUUAUUUAAGAAAAUGUUUAGGCUUAAGAAAAAGGUUUAUUUUUGCAUUUGUAUGAUAAGUUGUCUGAAUAAUUUAUUUGUAUGAUCAGUGGGAAAGCAGAAGUGAAUACUUAAAAACUGACAUGACAAAAACAUCUAUUUAACCUACACAAACUAAUUAUUUAAAGCAUUUUGAUUGUUCCCAUGUCAUUUUAAAGCAUUUGAUCUGUGUAAUUAAUUUAUUUUUAGUGGUAAUGAGAAGAAAUCUCCAGUCGUAUGAUUAACUUUUAUACGAAUUAAAUGUUU